AGCGGACCGGAGACGGACGAGUUUCUCUCUGCGCUCUGCGCUCUGACGCUGCACGAACAGAACAGAACAGAACAGAAUGUCCGAGAGCGCAGAGAGCAGAGACGCGAUCGCCUUCAGUCAUCGGGCACGAGCCCGUCGGCGACAUGCGCCUCGACUCGACCGCGACAACCUGUCGUGCUAAAAUCACACAAAAAGUGUCGAUCGGGCUCCAGGUGCCUCGUUCUCCUCCUCGCAGGGGAGGUGGCGGAAAAUUGCGCUUUUUUGAAUUGUGAAUUGGAGGAGGAACAGGUCCGGUUGCAUUUUCGCGAUCGGCCCCCUCUCGAACGUUUUCUGGAUUUUCCGUGAGUUUGAUCUGAGUUUUUGAGCGACUGAGAAGAUGAGACAGGACAGAGCACUGUCGACGCUGGGGGCUGCUGCCAGGCGAGCUUGGAAAUCCGGGGAGAGAGAACAUCUGGACUCUGCCUCCAAGAUGCUUGAGCGUGGCAUUUCUGGGAUCCUCCAGUUUCAGGCUCGUCAGGCACCGUGGGCACGAAAUCACUUCAAUCGCCAUCAGCAGAUGGUCAGAAGUAUUUCAAAUUGCACGUCAGUGUUUCCUACUUGUCGAGGGAGUUCACAGAGAGUUGGUUCUGUGGGUGUUGUUUGGGAAAGGCCUUGGCGUCCCAAGUUUCUGAAUGCCUUUCUAUCCCGAGGCUACUCUUCAGAUGAGUUAACGGAAGAAAAUGACAGGCCAAAAUGGGAAGACGAGGGAACUCUGAAGGAUAGUACACAGCUGAAAGCGGAGUUCGAGGCUGCUUGCAGAGGUUUCUCAAAUAUAUCAGAGGCAAUACGGGAAUUACCCAAAAUGAAUCCAAAUGGUGUGUAUGCGAACUAUAAUCUUCGCCUUGAUCAGAUCAAGGUUUAUGGGUUUGAUUAUGACUACACUUUGGCUCAUUAUACUAGAGCUCUACAAACUCUGAUAUACGACCUUGCGAAGGAACAUCUCGUGAAGGAGUACAGGUAUCCAGAGAGUUGUUUGAACUUCAAGUACGACCCGCAGUUCCCUAUUAGAGGUCUUUAUUAUGACAAAAAGCAUGGCAAUCUUCUGAAGCUGGACUUUUUCCACUCUGUCGAGCCGCAUGGUUGUUUCUUUGGACGUCGCCGACUUAGUAGAGAAGAAAUCGAGCAACAAUAUGGCGGCAAGCACAUCAGUGUGUCAGAUAUACCAAAUUUGGUUGCUCUCAUGGACUUGUUCUGUCUAUCAGAGGCAUGUCUAAUCUCAGAUGUCAUCCAGCACUUCGUUGAUCAAGAUAUGGAGUUUGAUUCUGCAUACGUAUACGACGAUGUGAAGCGUUCAAUAAACUAUGUCCAUCGGAGUGGCCUUAUGCGGCGAGAAGUGCUUUCAAACGCAGCGAAGUACCUUGUAAAAAAUGAUGCAGUUGUACAAAUGUUGAAGACCUUGAAAGCGAAAGGGAAGAAAUUAUUUAUUUUGACGAAUUCUCCUUUUCCUUUUGUGAAUGGCGGCAUGCGUUUCUUAUUCCAGGACGAUGGAAUGGGUGGGGAAUCUUGGCGUGAGCUCUUCGAUGUGGUGGUGGCUCUUGCAGACAAGCCAACUUUCUAUACGUCAGAGCGCCCAUUUAGACACUACAAUACUAGGACGGACAUGCUGGCAUUUAAGAAGGUGAAUUACUUCAAAGAACAUAGUGUGUACUACCAUGGAUGUCUGAAAGAGUUUUUGGAGCUCACCAAGUGGAGAGGAUCAGAGGUUCUUUAUUGUGGUGACCAUCUCUAUACUGAUUUAAGAGGGCCUGCUAAGGCUGGUUGGCGAACAGUUGCCAUAAUUCGGGAGUUGGAGAGGGAGAUCAUGACACAAAAUGAACCCGAAUAUCGAUUCCAGCAAGCGAAGUACAAUGUUGUCCAGGAACUAAUGGGCAAAUAUCAUAAAUUACCUGAAGCCUGUCAACAAGGUAAUGAAGAACAGCUUCUACUAGCAGCGUUACGGAAGGAGCGGGAGAACUCAAGAGUGGCGAUGAGAGCUCAGUUUAAUAACUAUUUUGGAUCCUGCUUUUUAACCGAUACUGGAAAAGAAUCAGCAUUUGCAUAUAAUGUGCAGAGGUAUGCUGAUGUAUACACUAGCCGCUUGGAGAAUCUAGUAGCUUCUGAUAGUGAACCAUGGCUUUACACGCCUUACGAUUUGAAGUGCCUUCCUCAUCAUAUAAAGGUUCCUCCUUGGAGUCUUCUGAAGGCCGCGAAGUAGGACGAAGAAAGUACUCACAGUUUUGACCGUCGUCAUGGAUGGGGGAUGGGUAAUGGGUAAUGGGUUUUAGGUGUAAAUACAUUCUUUUAAUAAAAUAAAAAUUGCUCAUUUUUC